AAACGGCAACCACUGUAGCCUUUUGAAUGUUUACAGCGCGGUACCGUGUGCAAUUCGUAAAAGACGUGGUUAGUUUUUAAGCGUCAUAUAUAUGCGGUUUGAUUCUGAUAAAUUGUUUGUUUUGUAAAUCAUACUUAUUUGGGCAAUAUGGUUAAAAGAACUCAGAAAUCAAAGGCCAAAUCAUCUAGUUUAAAACCUAAAGCUACUGUCCAAAAAGGAACAGGGGCUAAAAAAGCAUCCUCGCUACAGAAUGGAUAUCCUGACAAAGACUUGGAGAAAAAACAUGUUACGAAAGAUAAAGAAAUUUCUGCUGAAGAAACACAAGAAUCAGUGCCAGAUGAAAUUAUAGAACCAAAAUCUGAAGAAGCUAAUAAAACAUAUGUAAAACAAUCACAGAAAAGAAAGUUUGUGGAAGAAAAAAAGCUUGAUGUUCCCAGCACUUCAAGAGAAGUCACAAUAGUUACUAAAUCAAAGGCAAAGCGACCAAAAGUAUUUCUGGAGAUUCCUCCUCUAAAAACAAUAUCAGGCAAAGUGUUUGUAAUUGGGGAAAAUGAUGUUGGUCAGCUGGGACUUGGUGAAGACAUUGAAGUUAAAAAAAGACCCACUGUUCUUGAAUUAUCUCAGUCUGUUAUUGAUGUGGCAGCAGGUGGAAUGCAUUCAGUGUGUUUAACUGAAAGUGGUGAAGUCAUAACUUUUGGGUGUAAUGAUGAAGGUGCUUUAGGUCGAAUCACAACAGAGGAAGGUUCUGAAUAUAUUCCUAGCAAAGUAGAGAUACCAGAAAGAGUGAUACAGAUAUCUGCAGGAGAUUCUCAUUCGGCAGCUUUGGCUGAAUCUGGUCAAGUAUACAUUUGGGGAAAUUUCAGAAGUGGAGAUGGACCUAUGGGUUUAACUGCAGAUGGUGCAAAGCAAAUAAAACCCGUAAAACUAUUAAAAGAUAUUAAAAUUGUUAGGAUUUCAUCUGGAAAUGAACAUAUAGUAUGCCUGUCAGACAAAGGUAUUGUUUAUACUUGUGGUUGUGGUGAAACUGGUCAGUUAGGCAGACUACCUGAACGAGCUUGCCUUCAUGGAGGUCGAAAAGGAAGAGCUGUCUUAUUGGAACCCAGUGCUGUGCCUGUUACAGCAUCUGCCCGACGACCUGUUCUAAUAGAUAGCAUUUGGACUGGUUCGUAUGCUACAUUUUUACGUGCUCAGCAGUCUGGUUUGAUUUAUGCAUUUGGAUUAAAUAAUUACAAUCAUUUAGGUUAUGCAAAUCAACGAGUCAUAUACAUUCCGAAGCAAAUCUCAUCUUUUAAUGGCAAAUCAUGGUCGAAAAUAAGUGGUGGUCAGCAUCAUACACUAGCUCUAGACUCUGAAGGUCUAGUUUAUGCUCUUGGGCGUCAUGAUUAUGGAAGACUAGGACUUGGUGAAAAUUGUGAUGAAAAAUCCAAUCCAACAAUAGUUUCAACAUUAGAAAAUGAAAAGUGUACUGACAUAUCUUGUGGAAACUGUGUGUCCUUUGCUGUCUCAAACCAAGGUUCUGCAUUUUCUUGGGGUAUGGGAACCAACCAUCAACUAGGACAUGGAAAUGAUGAUGAUUGUCAUGUACCUCGACGUAUUGAAGGAAACUUAACUUCUUGGAAAGUAAUUAAAGUGUCUGGAGGUGGACAACAUACACUCAUAUUAGCUUGUCCUAAAAAUAAUGCUGAAGAAAAGCAAUAAGCAGUUUAAAACCUAUUAUUUAAUCUUUUGAGUUUUAAGAAAACUGUAACAAAAUUUUAAGAAAUAUUUGAAAAUUUUGAGAUUGUCAUGUAUAAAUUAUUUUUGCCAAGCCUUGUUUACUAACUGUUUUUACCAGAAUUCAUCUUUGGAACAUAUGUACAGUUUACUCAGAAUACUAUAAAAGGAGCAUUUUAAUAUCAGCUUACAAGAAUUAUAUAAAAUUCAAGUCCCAUAAGCUGUUUUUCAUUAUUUUAAUUGCAUCUGAAAAUGUAAAUUAUUUUUAUAUAAAAGUCAGUUUUAUGUGAUUUCAAACAGCAUUUUCGUAAAUUAAGUGUAAAAGAAUUAAAAAAGUGUAUCUGAGUG